AGCUCUCAAUUCUGCUCUCUCUUGUCUUCUGCGCUGUGAAAUACCCAGCAACACCUCCAGCACCAGCAACUCUUAUCACACCAAAUAACCGCAGCAAAGAUGAAGCUGUUUGCGUUCCUCCUGGUGGUGCUUAUCGGAGCCGCAUCCGCGUUCGUCAGCCCCUCCGCCUUCAAGGGCAGCGCCUUGGCCGCGCCGCGCGCCACCCGCGCAACCUCCAAGGUGUCCGCCACGCCGGUGAUGCUGGACACCUACUGGGAGGGCAAGGCGCCGCCGUCUGAGGUGCUCGGCCCUGCGCUGGCCAAGGCCCCGUCCGCGGGUCUCGGGGUCGUCUCCCUCGCUGCGUUCGCCGCGGGAACGUACUGCAUCCACGAGACCAACAUCUUGCACACGGUGUCGCCAGACAACAUCCAGCCCCUCUACGUGGCAGGGGCGCUCCUGGUGCCGAUCUCGUGGGGCCUGCACGUUGCUUCGUGGAUCCAGAAGCAAAACGGAAAGUAGAUUUGUUAAUUUACCGUUGUUUUCUUUAUCAUAGGCGGCACUUGUUCAUUUUUUCACUGCUCGGCGCACGAGUUCUUUGCUUUCGGGAACUGCCCGGCCUGCCUAGGCUGAUUUAGUCUUUCGUUAACUCCGUAAGCGCUGUGUGCGAAAAGCAGUUCGCCAAGCGGCGCAUUUACUGCUGUUGUUUCUCGUGCCGUGUCUUCUUUGAAGCGCACCUAAAGCAGGAGGCAAUGGCGUGGAGGGGGCGGGGGGCGUCUGACGUUGUUUCUUGAUCUCGUAGUUCUCGGCGUCAAGAGCGCGUUUGAAUACACCUGUUGCCUCGAGGGCUGUAUUCUGCGUGUGGGCACGCUUUUGAGGGAUAGACCCGCCUUCAGAAGAGUCUGUGAUGGAGGGAGGUUUAGAUGGGAUCUCGGGGUUUUUAGUUUAAAGCUAGAGAGGUCGGCAACAUUGAUUCAUAUGUCGGCAAUCGAGGCGGCUUUUUUUGCCCUCCCAGAAAAUAUCAGAAGGCGACGACCAGGCUGCAGACGCAAACUCACGAACGGCGGGCUACAACUUGAUAGUGUCUGCUACGGGUGAUGCCUUGAGGGCAUGUGUGUCCCCCUCUGCCAGGCGUGCUGUGUGUGGUUAAUAUGGACAGGCGUCUCUUUCUUAACGAGUCCUUCCUGUCAGAGCUCUCUCUGCCCAAGUUCAACCAAGCAAUCUCGCAGAAAAGGCGAUCCCGCUUGCUGCCUUGGUCGGCGGUUGGUUGUGCGUACUGCUGAGCAUGUACCAUGAACAAGCAAUAACCAGAGGUCAUGGCGGAGGCAUAAAUCGAUCGCCCCGUCCACAGGAUUCCCGUUUCAGAACCCUUGACACGGCAGUCAAUAGUUGUGUUGCACCAACAACACGGACACGAACCGUGAGAAUUUUCUCUGGUUGCGUUUGAUGAACAUGGUAGAUCCCGACCCGGUCCGAACUAUUCCGUCUCCGCGUGC